AUGCCAGUGAGGAGACGACAGCCACGAGCACUACUGAGGAGAACACCACCGAGGAGGCGACAGCCGAGACUGCCUCCGAGGACCAGCGGGGGGCGGCGGGGGGCUUCGCAGGCGCAGGCCGCCCACGAUAGGGCCAUGAACCAGACGAAAGCCGCGAAUCCCGCCGAGGAAAAAGCGUUGGAGGAGUUGGAGGCGUUGGAGGCGGAGGCGGCGAUCGAGGAGACCACCAAGGAGAAGACGGACGUGGCGCCGAGCGCCGAGAAUCACGCCGCCGAGGAGGAGGACGAUGACGAGAAGACAAUGGUUGCCAAAGAGAAUGCAACCAAGCACGAAGAGGAGGAUGCUGAUGAAGCGCAGACUGCCAAAGAGAAGAAGGCCACCGAGGAUGAGGAGGAGGAUGUUGAUGAGGCGCAGAUUGCCAAAGAACAUGUCACUGAGGAUGAGGAUGACGAGGACGAAGCAGGGGCUGCCAAGCAGAAUACCACCGAGGACGAGGAGGAAGAGGAGGAGGAGGAGGAGGAGGAGAAGACAGGCACUACCAAAGAGAAUAUCACCGAAGAUGAGGAGGAGGAAGAGGAGGAGGAGGAGGAGGAGGAGGAGGAGGAGGAGAAGGACUCUGAUGUGGCAGAGGCGAUCAAGGAAAGUACCACCCAUGCAGUGGUAAAGGAAGACAAAGCUACCGAGGCAGAGGCUGUUAAGUUCGACGCCACCAAGCUAGAGGCAGCAGGCGCUGACGCAGAGAAAGAGUCCGAUGAUACCGCCGAGACAGUGGAUGUGGAAGAUAAUACGACCAACGGAGAGGCCACGGAUACCACUGGGACAGUUGCUGCCAAAGGGGGCUCUACCGAGGAGGAGGCGGAGGAGACAAAGGCUACCAAAGAGAAAGUCACGGAAGAUGAAGAGGACGUUGAUGUUGCAGAGGCUAUCAAGGGGAGCGCCACAGAGGCAGUUGCAGAGGAAGACAAUGCCAGCGACGCAGAGCUUGCUAAGUUGGAUGGCACCAAGCUGCAGGCCGCAGACGCUGACCCAGAGGAAGAGGCAGAGGAUGCCGCCGAGGCCGAGGCCGUGGAUGCCACCGAGACAGAGGCUGCCAAGGAGAAUGCCACCGAGGAGGAGGAGGAGGAGGAGGAGGAGGAGGAGGAGGAGGAGCAAGAAGAGGAGGAGGAGGAGGAGGAGGGACUGGUUGCUGCCAAAGAGAAUGUCACCGAGUACGAGGAGGAUGAGGCAGAGGCUGCCAAAGAAAAUGACGCUGAGGCAGUGGCAGAGGAAGACAAUGCCACCGAUGCAAAGCCUGCCAGGUUGGAUGCCACCAAGCUGCAGGCCGCAGACGCUGACCCAGAGGAAGAAGCAGAUGAUGCCGCUGAGGCCGAGGCCGUCGAUGUCACCGAGACAGAGGCUGUCAAGGAUAAUGCCACCGAGAAGGAGGAGGAGCAGGAGGAGGAGGAGGAGGAGGAGGAGGAGGAGGAGACAGGGACUACCACUGAGAAUACCACUGAGGAGGAGGAUGAAGACGCUGCUGUGGCAAAGGCUACCAAGGAGAGUACCACUGAAGCACCUGCAGGGAAAGCCAAUGACACCGAGACAGAGGAUGCCGAAGAUAAUGCCACCGAUGACGGGGCCGUGAAAACCACCGGAACAGAUGCUGCCAAAUGGAAUUCGACCGAGGGCGAGGUGGAAGAGGAAGAGGAGGAGACAGAUGCCGCCAAAGACGAUGCCACUCAGGGUGAGGAGGAUGUUUACGCGGCCCAGGGGGCCAGGGAGAGCACCGUCGUGGCAGGGGCAGGGGAAGACGACACCACGGAUGUAGAUGCUGCGAACUUCAACGUCACCAUGGAAGAGACGAACGCAGCGCCCGUGGCUGCCGCCGGGGCAAGGGCUGUCAAAGAGACUGGCACAGGGGCAGAGGCCGCGGGCGCGGCCGAGGCGCGCGCUGCCAAGGAUAACGCCACUGAUCGAGAGGAGGAGGAGGAGGAGGAGGAGGAGGAGGAGGAGGAGGACGAGGAGGAGACAGGGGCCGCCAAGGAGAAUUCCUCCACCGAGGGAGAGGCCGAUGUCGCCAGGCGGGCUACGGAGGCGGAGGCGGAGCCUCGGGGUGCCGCGGACGCGGAGGCGGCCGAGGAGCAGCGGGGGGCAGGGGUGGACAGGGCGGCCGCGGAAGAGGCAGGGGCUGCCGGGGGGGGCAGGGAGGCCGCAGGUGCCGCGGAGGCGGGUGCCGCCCGGGAGGGCGCCACCGGGGCAGGGGCAGGAGAAGGCAAGGCCACCGAGGCAGGGGCUGCCGCAGAGGGAGCCACCGAGGCAGAGACCGUGGAUGCCACCGAGGCAGAGGCUGCCAGGGAGAAUGCCACCGAGUCAGCGGCAGAGGAAGACGAGGCUACCGAGGCAGGGGGUGUCAAGCUAGAUGCCACCAAGCUACAGGCAGCAGACGCUGACGCAGAGGAAGAAGCUGAGGAUGCCACCGAGGCAGGGGCUGUCGACGAUAAUCUCACAGAGGCAGACGCUGAGGCCGUGGAUGCCACCGAGACAGAGGCUGCCAAGGAGAAUGCCACCGAGGAGGAGGCGGAAGAGAAGGAGGAGGAAGAGGGAACGGUGGAUACCAAAGAGAACGCCACCGAAGAUGAGGAGGAAGAGGAGGAGGCUGACGUGGCAGGGAUGGCCAAAGAGAACACCACCGAGGCAGUGGCAGAGGAAGACAAUGCCACCGAUGCAGAGGUUGCCCCAGAGGGCACCGCCGAGGAGGAUGCAGUCGAUGCCACCGAGACAGAGGCUGCAAAGGAAAAUGACACCGAGGAGGAGGAGGAGCAGGAAGAGCAAGACGAGGAGAAGAAGGGAAUGGCCGCUGCCAAAGAGAAUGCCACCGAGCACGAGGAGGAUGAGGCAGAGGCUGCCACAGAAGAUGUCGCCGAGGCAGUGGCGGAGGAAGACAAUGCCACCGAGGCAGAGGCUGCCAAGUUAGAUUCCACCAAGCUGCAGGCAGCAGACGCUGACGCAGAGGCAGAGGCUGUCGUAGAUAAUCUCACAGGGUCAGACGCUGAGGCCGUGGAUGCCACUGAGACAGAGGCUGCCAAGGAGAAUGUCACCGAGGAGGAGGCGGAAGAAAAGGAGGAGGAAGAGGGAACGGUGGAUGCCAAAGAGAACGCCACCGAAGAUGAGGAGGAAGAGGAGGAGGCUGACGUGGCAGAGAUGGCCAAAGAGAACACCACCGAGGCAGUGGCAGAGGAAGACAAUGCCACCGAUGCAGAGGUUGCCGAAGAGGGCACCGCCGAGGAGGAUGCAGUCGAUGCCACCGAGACAGAGGCUGCCAAGGAGAAUGCCACUGAGGAGGAGGAGGAGGAGGAGGAGGAGGAAGAGCAAGAAGAGGAGGAGGAGGCGGAAGGAGAGGAAGAAGAGGAUGGAAUGGUCGCCGCCAAAGAGAAUGCCACCGAGCACGAGGAGGAUGAGGCAGAGGCUGCCACAGAAGAUGUCGCCGGGGCAGUGGCAGAGGAAGACAAUGCCACCGAGGCAGAGGCUGCCAAGUUAGAUUCCACCAAGCUGCAGGCAGCAGACGCUGACGCAGAGGCAGAGGCUGUCGUAGAUAAUCUCACAGAGUCAGACGCUGACGCCGUCGAUGCCACCGAGACAGAGGCUGCCAAGGAGAAUGUCACCGAGGAGGAGGCGGAAGACGAGGAGGAGGAGGAGGAGGAGGGAACGGUGAAUGCCACCGAGGAUGAGGGAGAGGAGGAGGCUGACGUGGCAGAGAUGGCCAAAGAGAACACCACCGAGGCAGUGGCAGAGGAAGACAAUGCCACCGAUGCAGAGGUUGCCGAAGAGGGUACCGCCGAGGAAGAUGCAGUGGAUGCCACAGAGACAGAGGCUGCCAAGGAGAAUGCCACUGAGACGGAGGAGGAGAAGGAGGAGGAGGAGCAAGAAGAAGAUAAAGAGAGAGUCGAUGCCAAAGAGAAUGCCACCGAGGAUGAGGAGGACGAGGCAGAGGCUGCCGAAGAAGAUGUCGCCAAGGCAGGGGCCGUCAAGGUGGAUGCCACCAAGCUGGAGGCAGCAGACGCCGACGCAGAGGAAGAGGCAGACAAUACCACCGAGGUGGAGGCUGCCGGAGAGGCCAACCUCGUCGGCGUGCAGAAGCACGCCCAGGCAAAAGGUGUCGAAGAGGCCAGCACGGAGGCAGACGAAGACGGGGACCAGAGAGAGACGGCCACGAAGGACAUCGAGGCGGAGGCUGCCGGAGGAAUCGACACGGAGGCGGCCGAGGAGGUAGAAUCAGGGAACGUCUCCGAGGCAGAGGCUGAUGAGGACAUCGAGACAGAGGCUGCCGAAGAUGCUGCCAGACAUGAAAAGGCAGAGACGAAAGCGGAGGCAGAGGCUAAGGCAGAUGUAGACACUGACGUUGAUGAAGCGGCUACCACUGCGGAAGCCACGGAGAAUGCCAAAGCAAGCACCACAGAUACGGAGGCAAAGGACGUGGAUGCCACUCGGGCGGAGGAUGAGGAAGAUAAUGAGACGCUGGCAGAGGUGGUAGAGGACGCCACCGAGGCAAAGGCCAACAAACUCACUGAGCAGGAGGUUGUCGAAAAGGGUAAAGCCAUGAACACCGAGGUCACCAACGCCGUGGAGAAGGCCGUCAAGGACGAGACCGACGACGCUGAUGUUCGCGUGGAGCCCAUCUCCCAUGUGCUGCGCGGCGACAUCGACGAGACCUCGCCCGAGGAGGUCGAGCGCCUGGAGGCGGCGGCGAGGGAGGCGCUUCGCACGCACGCCUCGCUGGAAAACGCCACGGGCGCGCAGGCGAAGGCCGAGGCCGACGACGCAGAGGUGCGCGUGGAGCCCGUGUCCCAGGCGCUGCGCGGCGACGUCGACGAGACCUCGCCCGAGGAGGUCAAGCGCCUGGAGGCGGAAGCGAAGGAGGCGCUUCGCAUGCACACCUCGCUGGAGAACGCCACGGGCGCGCAAGCGAAGGCGCCGCCCUCGCCGAACGCCACGGUCCUCCUGGACGAGGGCAGCGGCGCUGGCGGUCGCCGCCCGCUAGGCCUGGCCGCGGCCGCGGCGGCGCUGCUGGGCCUAGGGCUCGGCGCGUGGUGA